UGAUGACAUCACGGGGGGGUCACCAUCCCCAGACUGACUUGUGCUCCAAAGCUUCUGGCUCUCAUGCACCCCUAAGUCCUGACAGCCAAGAGAUAAGACUGUGGCGACAGGACGUCCUGAGAAUUAUCAGCAAACACGCAUAUGUCUACGUGUUCACGUCGUGCAGACGUGCGUUCAUUACGGCGUCCAGCGAUAAUCUAAAUUAAGAAAAAUAGUCCAAAAGUGUGUAGAAACAUCUGCUAGCAUAAGAAACGACACCAGGAAGUCAAUUAAAAUUAAAUAUGCACCAAUAUAGUUAUGCAACAGUUCCAUUUAUGGUGUUAAAUUUGCAUUCUUUGUAUCAUGACCAAUCACAUCCUACUAUGCAUAUCCUUCCAUCAACAACUACAAAUAACAUGCUCUUUAUUGGCCUGUGGUUUAUUUAGUACUAAACCCUAUGAGGAAAUGUGUAGAUAAUUUGUGUUUGUAAACAAUAAUAAUAAUACACAUAUGUAGGGGAAACUCAUAGUCAACUCAAAAUACAGAAAUUCAUUAAUGUUUAUUCUUAUCUGACUAUGCAAAGUUUUUGCAUAUUAAAGGUCAAACUGGGAAGAACAACCAUUGGGUUCUUGUGGUUCAAGAGGUUGAAUAUUUACAGAGUAUUGAGAGAAUAUAACAAUGUAUAACAUGAAAACGUUUAUUUUGGAUAAUAAAUAGCUAAGCCAGGAUAGACCAGAAACAUCUCUUUCAGAAAAGCCUGUUUUGCAAGUGGAACUUCUCCUGACAAGUAUCCUGAAUCACUGAUCCUGACAUUCAUACUAAACGUUUUUCAAAAAGUUUUAUAAUAUCAGACCAGGCACGAGUUAACAUAGAGGAAAUUUACCAUGUUACAAUUGACAAAAUGAGGAGAUUUGCUUAUGAAGACAAUGUGAUGCGUCACAUGUGCACUAACCAAACUACCCAGUGUGAAACUGAGCAAAUAGGAAGUUGCAAAGUUCUCAGUCAAAAAGCAUGAACUGUUUCUCUUUUCAGUAAUAUAAUAGUUUUCAUUUGUAACAUACUCAAAACUUGCUAAAUAAACACCAUCUUUAGUAUCUAAGUGGUUUCCCAUAUUAACAGGAUAAGUUAAAAAUGAGUCCCCUGUGAAAGAUGCACCGUUUCGCUCAUGUAUCAGUGUGAACAUCACAGGAAGUGUGAGAUGCAGACCUAAAAUCUUUACACCAUGCCACCAAAGAAGAAAGGGAAAGGAAACAGCAAAAAGGAAAAGCCCAAAAAGAGCACUCCAGAAAAAGAUGAUGGACUUUCAGAGAAGUACCGGAGAAGUGUCUUAGACGUGGCUGUUUUAAAAGAACAUCUUGCCCUGAGGAGCAGUGUAGCGCAUCAGGCUACAGCGGUGAGAGAUGACUUGAAAAGUCAAAUCAGAGAUCUGGAGCAGGUGCUCAGUCAGGAGAGAUCAGACAUGAAGGACAUCACUGCAGAUCUCAACUGUCAAUAUAAGUCCAUGGAAACAGACCUGCAGACUAAAGUGAACAGGCUUGAAGUGAGCGUGGACUUGCUUGAGACGCAGCUCGCCGAGUGUCAGGUUAAAUUAAAAUCGGAAAGAGAGCGGCGAGAGAAGACGGAAGCAGAAAAAGACGCCAUCAUUUCUGACCUCCAAAGCAAACUGGACCGCAUGGAGAGUGAGUGUGAGAAGAUACUGCACGGCUGUCUGGACAGUUUGCUCUCUCACCUGGCUGAGACACGGCUGCAGUGGGAAGAACAGAGCACGGUCGUUCAUCAGGAAGUCAAGGACAUGCUCAGUGACUUUGGGAUAAACCCGCUUCACAUAUGAGGACAUCUUCAGCUGAGCACUGUGACCAGGACCAAGACAUCUGACCUUAGACAAUGAAGAAAUUGCAUGUAUAUUGCACAAGCCAUGCAGGGCUUUCAAACUGGGCUCCAGGGAGAUAUAAAACAUUUUUUUUUUUUUUUUUUUUUUAAGAAAUUGAUACUUUUAUUCAGCAAAGAUGCAUUAAAUUGAUCAAAAGUGACAGUAAAGACAUGUAUAAUGUUACAAAAUAUUUCUAUUUCAAAUAAAUGCUGUUUUUUUUUUUUUUUUUUUUUUUAACUUUCUAUUCAUAAAAUAUUCCUGAAAAAUGUAUUAUGGUUUCCAGAAAAAAGCUGUUUUCAAUGUUUCUCAAGCAAUAAAUCAGCAUAUUACAGGACCAUAACCUCCAUAGACACUGAGGGGGACAAGUCCCCCCCAAUAAUUAGAAAUGGCCAAAUUGUCAAUAUUUGAAAUUCUAACAAUAUAUUUAACGCAAAUUCAAGACAUGGUUACAGCCUUGUCAUAUUAGAUUGAUUUCUGAAGGAUCAUGUGACACUGAAGACUGGAGUAAUAAUGCUGAAAAUUCACCUUUGCCAUCACAGAACUAAAUUACAUUUUCAUUGUGUUUUAGUUGUCGAUACUGUUCACAUUUUACAUUUUGAAUUAUGAAAUAUAAUGAUCAAUUUUACCAUA